AUGUUAGAAAAAACUCAUAAAAUUUCUAACAGCAAGUCUUUUUUUUAUUAUAAGCAGACAAAGGAUACAUAUAUAUUAUCAAUAUAACCACCAAGCGAAUUUAAUAGAUUAAUUUAUCAUUCGAACCAUCCAAACUUAUUAUUAGUGGAAGAGUAUUGGGAGGAAAGAGGAUAGAUUUGUUCUGUACAAAGAUGUUAAACAAUAAAUGAUUUGUUAGAAGUAAUGAACAAUAUAAAAUUAGAUAAUGUAAAACAAUAAGUUCUCAGAAAAUACUAUGCUAACUAUAUUAUACUGGAUUAUGUCAGCAAUGUAUUAUUUAGAAGAAUAAUAAGUACUAGUGACAGUGUUGAAUAAUGUAUUUUUGGAUGAGUAAUUAUAGGUGAAAGUAUAAUCAUGUAAUGAAAAAAUAUUAGAUAGAUGUUUUCAACAUAGUGCAUUUCCAUCACCUGAAGUUUUAGGAAAAGAGGUUGAAUCUUCAGGUUAAUGGAGUGUAGGAUGUGUAGCAUAUUACUUAAUGAAAUGUGUAACCUUUUUCAGGAUCGAAUGAAAGAUCAAUAGCUUAUAACAUAAUACUUCAAAUUUAUUUUAUUUAUAUUAAUUAAUAAUUAAAUUAUUAAAAAGAAAUAAUAUUGAUAAUAAUAAUAAUAAUAACUAAAUUAAUUAAUAAGUAUAUAUAGAGAACCACCUCCUAGUGAUUUUAAGAGUUUCCAUUAGUUAGUGCAUUAUUGAAAAAGAUAUUCAUAAAGAAACGGAAGAGAAGAGCUACUAAAAAAUAAGUUUUAAAAUUUUGGCUUCAAAAUCAGCAAGUGUAUAAGAACCUGAUAAAUUAUUGAGAUCUCCAUAAUCAUCAGAAUAAUUUGGAAAGAAUAAAUCAAGUAUGAUGCUGAAUUAAUUUGAUAAAGUGGAAUAUUCAGAAAAAUAAACUGACAGCAUAAAAAUGGAUGAUAAAUAAUAGUUCUUACAUUAUAAGAAUUUGAAGAAUAACUAUCUCAUUUGA